CACCACACAAUUCUUCUGCCCACUCGCUUAUCGAAAUCAUCACGUGAUCAGAGCUGGCAAAGGACGACGGUGAGGGAGACAAAGCAUCGGAGAGGAGCCAGAUUCCAACACCCCUCACGACGACGUCAUCCCGGAUUCCCUAGCUCCCGGAGUGGAUUUUCGACUUCAUGCCCACACACGGCGGCUACUUCAUCGGCAACGUGGGCCCCUCCAACAUGGACUUCCGCUGGCAGAGGCGAAGCUGCCGAAAGACGGGUGGCCGGAAUACUACGACGGGAAGCUCGGGAGGUUCGUGGGGAAGCCCUAAUUAGAUUUCCAACCUGGGAUUCACUAAUUAGAUGCAUCACGGGUGGUAAUUUUUAAAAGAUUCUUAGGCCCCAUUUGGUACACUGAAUUCGAAUUAGAAUUGAGGCCUUCAAUUCUAUUCUGGUGUUUGGUAGCACAAAAAUCAUGUGGAUUCGGAAUUGAUAGUGCAAAAAAUGAAUUGGAAUUGGCAGAAUUGAAUCCCAUGGAAUUUCAAUUCCAAUUCCAUCAAUUCUGUAUACCAAACGGACUCUUAUGGUUUUCAUAAUCAGGGAAACAUUGCUCAGAAGUUGUUAUUGAUAGGGUAACUGAAGAACAUGGAUUCAAAUUUGUUUGAAGCUGAAUUCCAUAUUAUGUUUUUUGUCCUUUCAUGACAAAGAAGAGAUUGGAUGAGAGGAUGCUCAGUUCAUAUUUGGGAUUGAACAAUCAAAUGGGGGUUGUUGAUGGUGUGGGUAAGUGGGUUGAGGUUCUUUCGACACUUUCAAGAUACGGGUAAUAUUUUUCCCUUUCUCAGUUUUUUCUCACUACUUUCUUGAACCAAUUGGUCUUUUUGAAAGCUUUUAAUACAUUAUUUAAAUGCUUUAUUUGAAGUUUGAAUGAAACUAUUAAGUCAUUAAUAGUUCUAUAAUAUACUUGCAUGUCAAUUGAGAGUUUUCAGUUUAUAGGAGCAUUUCUUUGUUACAUAUGCAUCUUUAUCAAUUUUGUUGUCAUAUACAUGUGUCAUUUGUGAUGUUUUUUUAUCAUGUAGUCCGUUUUCUGAUUAUGAAUAAUUCAUUAUGUAGAAGUAUUAUCUUUGUCUUUGAAAUUUUCUAAAUUAUGUAGAAGGAAAUUUUUUUGUUAUGAAUUACUAAUUGAAUUUAAUAAUUGACAAAUAUAAUAACGAAAUUCUUUCCGUGCAACGCACGGGUACGAAUCUAGUUUUAAUUAAAAUAAAAGAAAUUGUAUAAAAUUAAGGAAGAGAACACACGGUAUAUAUACUACCUUGUGGUGGCCAUGCCUUAUUUCUUUCUGCUUUCUCAAUCGAUCCAUGGGGCAAACGCUAAGAGGGAUCCGUAAACGCCUUAUAGACGAUUACUGUAGAUUGCUUACGGAUCAUUGGUAAGUUCACUGCGUUUUAUUUGAAUUUUGUCCUCUGCAGAUUUGAAUUCGUGAAUACCUUAUUUGAAUAAUUCAUUCGAAUUUGAUUUUUUCUAUUAUCCGAAGUUAAUUGAAACAUUAUCUCUCUUUUAAUUAAUUGAUUAAUUAAUAUGAAAGGUAUAUAGGUUGGUAAACUCAGGCAAGCAAUCCCUACUAGCUACAUACGGAUAGUCAUUAUUUCCAUCUCUUUAGAAAUUUCAUGAGAAAUUGUUUGUAUAAUUAAGUGGGAAUUAAAUCAUUUAUAGUUAACAAGGGAUUAAUUUGAAAACUUAAUCAGCUAGAGCCUAGAAAGAUCAAGCCUUGUUGAUAUUACAGAUUGAUAGAGAGAUAGUCUUGCUUAAUAUAUGGAUGGAGAAUAAUAACAUUGCGUUGAUCACUUACUUGAAAACCAUUAAUUCGUGCACUGCACUGCACCUCUUAAUUUGUAGGCAGAAACUGAUGGCAGAAGAGGGCAGUUCAUUUGGGGAACGCUGCAUUGUUUGCAACAUCCCACCAGCUCUCUCGAAGGACAAACCUGAUCAAGGUCCAUUGGAUGUUGCUACGGAGAAGGGUUAUCGCGUCAUUGAUUUUUAUACCGUUGAGGUUAAAUUUAUUCUAUGUAUCAUUGAAUGUAUGUACUGUAGUAGAUGAUAAUUUUCUAUUGUCUAAUGGUGACUGUGUUUUGAUUGCCCUGUAUUCAUCAUUAUGAAGUGGCAACCUCAAAAAUUUGUGUCAGAAGAGCAAUACUGCGCAACAAACUAUCAAUUUUAUCAAGAAUCUGCACUACUUCCAUACCAAGUUUAACCAAUUCCGAGCCCCAAUAUGUUUUGGCUGCGAAAAUAAGACGAUGGACCCAGAGUCCAUCUUUUCCGAUCCCUACUUUCCUUGCCCAAUCAGCAUUGGGGUUCAGCACGGUAUAGAAUGGUUCAUAACUCGUAUUGUAAUGCUUCAGAACCCCUAAGUAACUAAAGGUGAACUCUAACUCGGAGUUGUGUUUGUGCUCGCUCUCAUGCAUACGUUUAAGACAUUGAAUAACAUAUUGAAUUUUCUCCUUCUUAAGGUUUCAAGAGUAGAUCCGUGUUUCUACAAACACCUUAUUUUUAGAAAGUUUCUCUUCAGUAUACUCCUUCAAAUCAUAAACCAAAGAAUCUUUA